UCGCGAUGUUUCCCAAUUCUCUGUCAUCCUUGUGGCUUUCAGAAGGGCACUGAGAGGCCGAAACAAGGUGCCCGGUGAAGUACAAAAUCGGCACUUCAUUCUUCCAAAAUGCUAUCCAGACUCGUUUUUCUGUCAGCUGGCUCUCUGAAAGGCAGUGGCCCCAUUGGAGCAGGUCUGGUCCAGGCGUCUCGCUCCUUCCAAACAUCCUCCCAGAGUCUGGCCCCUGUGCCCCCUCUUCCAGAGAAGGGAGGUAAAGUCCGCCAUGGCCUCAUCCCAGAGGAGCUUUUCCAGCUCUUGUAUCCAAAAACAGGAGUCACAGGACCAUACAUGCUAGGCACCGGGCUUCUAGUCUACAUGCUUUCAAAGGAAAUCUACGUCGUCAACCAUGAGACCUUCGCCGCCGCCUCCAUUGGUGCCGUCAUCAUUUAUGGUGUCAAGAAAUUCGGUCCAAGUGUUGCAGCUUUUGCUGACAAACUAAAUGAGGAAAAAGUGGCCAAGGCCCAGGAGGUGAAGGACAUCGCCAUGUCCAGCCUGGCUCAGGCUAUCGAAGAUGAAAAGAAGGAACAGUGGAGAGUGGAAGGAAGAGCGAUGCUGUUUGACGCAAAGAGGAACAAUGUGGCCAUGCUGUUGGAGACGAACUACAGGGAGAGGCUACACAUGGUGACCAAUGAGGUAAAGAGGCGCUUGGACUAUCAGAUCGCUCUUCAGAACCUGCAUCGCCGCAUGGAGCAGGACCACAUGAUCAACUGGGUGGAGAAGAGCGUCAUCAGCAGCAUCACCCCUCAGCAGGAGAAGGAGAGCAUUACCAAAUGCAUUGCAGAUCUAAAGGCGCUGGCUAAGACCACCCAGGCCAAAGCAACGGCGUAAACCUCCAUGACCCUGAAGAAGACUACUCAGACCCUCAGCUCAUAGUUUCAAAACGAGACGUCGCAUUUCUUUAGCGAAA